AUGGACAACCUCCGCGGGGCCCGGCCGCUGCGGCUGCUCUUGCUCCUGGCGCUGGUGCCUUCGCUCCGGGGCCAAGAUCUUUCAAUGGAAGAAUGCUGUGACAAGGGUAUUGAAUGGGCAAAUAAAAACAGACUAUGUACUUCUCUACCGUUAAUAUCCGAGGCCAGAGAAUGCAGCAUGACUCAGUUACAGUGCUGCCACAGCCAUUUGGAGAAGCAGUACUGUUCAGAUGGGAUUGAAUUUGCCAACGUGCGUGACGAGUGUGACUCACAUAUUGGUGAAAAUUCUACCUGUGAAGCUGAAUACUUUAAGAUAUGUUGUUACUGUUGUUUGCUGGGAAAGGCUGCCCAAGUCCAAGGACAGAGUUGUGAACCCAACCCGAAGACAGGAUACCAGUGUGGAAUUGUCUUCAGAGCUUGCUGUGUGAAGGGUCAAGAAGGCAUUGAUGUGUCUGUCAGUGAUGAUGCUCCUAAAAAGGAGCAAGUGGAAAUUUCAAAGGAGGAACUAGACCAAGAAGAUCCUUAUCUGCAUGAUGGCUGCAGAGGUGGUGGUCCCUGCUCUCAGCAGUGCAGAGACACAGGAUCCAGUUAUGUCUGCUCCUGCUUUGUUGGGUAUCAGCUUCAACCAGAUGGUGUCAACUGUGAAGAUAUUAAUGAGUGUAUCACUGGGACACACAGCUGUGGGAUUGGACAAACCUGUGUCAAUACAUUAGGAUCCUUUCGCUGUCAGCGGGACACGAGCUGUGGAACUGGUUAUGAACUAACAGAUGACAGUCGUUGCAAAGAUAUUGACGAAUGUGAGACUGGUACUCAUAACUGCCCCCCCGAUUUUAUCUGUCAGAAUACUCCAGGAUCUUUCCGUUGCCGACCCAAGCUACAGUGCAUGAAUGGGUUUAUACAAGAUGCGCUAGGCAACUGUAUUGAUAUCAAUGAAUGCCUGAGCACCAACAUGCCAUGCCCAGCUGGACAGAUAUGUAUUAACACUGACGGCUCGUAUACGUGCCAGCGAAUCUCACCCAGCUGUGGCCGAGGUUAUCAUCUCAAUGAAGAUGGAACAAGAUGCGUAGAUGUGGAUGAGUGCUCAUCCUCUAAUCAGCCUUGUGGAGAAGGACAUGUUUGUAUAAAUGCCCCAGGCAAUUACCGUUGUGAGUGCAAAUCUGGCUAUUCUUUUGAUGUCAUCAGUAGAACUUGUAUUGAUAUCAACGAAUGCAGACGCUAUCCAGGCCGCCUUUGUGCUCACAAGUGUGAGAAUACUCCUGGUUCCUAUUACUGCACAUGUACCAUGGGAUUCAAACUUUCAACUGAUGGCAGGUCAUGUGAAGAUUUAAAUGAGUGUGAGAGCAGCCCCUGUAGUCAAGAGUGUGCCAAUGUGUAUGGCUCCUAUCAGUGUUACUGCCGCCGUGGCUUUCAACUUAGUGACAUAGAUGGGAUUUCAUGUGAAGAUAUUGAUGAAUGUGCUUUACCUACUGGAGGGCAUAUCUGUUCCUUUCGAUGUAUUAAUAUUCCUGGGAGCUUUCAGUGUACUUGUCCCUCCACUGGUUACAGGUUGGCACCCAAUGCACGCAACUGCCAAGAUAUUGAUGAGUGUGUUGCAGAAAGCCACAACUGCUCUUUCAAUGAGACCUGCUUUAACAUCCAGGGGGGCUUUCGCUGUCUGUCUUUGGAAUGUCCAGAAAAUUACCGCAAGUCAGGAGAUACUGUCAGACUUGAAAAGACAGAUACUAUCCGUUGCAUUAAGUCUUGUCGACCAAAUGAUGUCAACUGUGUGUUGGAUCCAGUCCACACAAUUUCCCACACUGUCAUUUCACUGCCCACGUUCAGAGAAUUUACAAGACCUGAAGAGAUUAUUUUUCUUCGUGCCAUCACACCUACAUAUCCAGCCAACCAGGCAGAUAUCAUAUUUGACAUAACAGAAGGAAAUUUAAGAGAUUCCUUUGAUAUCAUCAAGCGUUACAUGGACGGUAUGACAGUGGGUGUAGUUCGCCAGGUGAGGCCCAUUGUUGGACCUUUCCAUGCCGUCCUGAAACUGGAGAUGAACUACGUCAUGGGUGGAGUGGUAUCUCACCGUAACAUUGUCAAUGUUCACAUCUUUGUCUCCGAGUACUGGUUCUGAGAGAGCGUUUAAAAUCCCAGACAAGCAAGCCGCUCCAACCUGAAUCAUUAGCACAAAACUAUUAUGUCAUAUACUUGUUUGUAAAACCCAAUAGUGUUUUUUUUGUUUUAUUUUUAAAUAUUUGGUUUAUAGUGUAAGACAAAUAACAAGCUAUUAUGUUGAUUAGACAUAGGGUGGAGCAAGUUAAGUGAGCCUGAUGUAGUAGUUGUCUGUAUAAAUAAGUAGUGUGUAAAAGUGCUCAGCUGCCUAGUGAAAUUUAAAACUUUUCUAAAUGUUGAGGCAGAUCGUAACUAUUGCUCCUUGGCCGGAUAACCAGAGUGACUGAGGAUGUGGAACAAAAUAGAUGUCAGAGUUCAUUGGGAUGAAUAUAUGGUAUCUUUGGAUGGAAGAAGUUUGGUAAGGAUUAGUAAUUUCACCUCAAUAUUAACUACCUUGGAGGAGUCAGAUUGUCAGAAAGUGCCAAAUAUUCACUUUUGGGCCCCAGUAGGAUAACUCUGAAUAGGUACCCAGAAUUGCUAAUCAUUUCUGAAAAGUUUAGCCUGGGUACUUAAAAAGCGCCAUUCAGCUACGGCUACAAGAGGAAGUGCAAAAGGAAUUAGAGAUAGUAAAAGACUAACAAGCUAUUGCACAUAUUAAAAAAAUACUCCUUUUUUGUACUUAUUAUUUGAUUGUAAGAUUAUAUUUGAUUCUAAUUAAACAAAUACCUCUCAUUGAAAUUAACCUCUUACAAGGAUAAGGCACAUUGCUUAAAUUCCAAUCUCAUCUGUACUUGGCAAUACAUGGGAAACUCGGACCUAUAUCUCCUGUCUAUUAUAGAGUAAAGCGCCGUACCUUUUUAAAAUUGGUAAUAAAAUCAGCAUGUUAAACUGUACACCUCCUAUGCACCAAACCAAGGCAUAUGUAAUAAUAUAAUGAAACUCUCACAAAUAAAUGAAUGUUUAAUGUAUUUUCCGGGCAUCAAAGUAACGUAUCUUUUUCAUUACACAACAGAAAAUGAAUAGUUCCAUGUUUCAGUUUGUUGUGUUUGUUAAGGUAUGAGGAAAUAAAGAAAGUCAGAUGGGAAAUACUGAA